AUGGCAAAAUCGCCCAAGAGAAAGAAUUCUGAACCGGAAGAUUUAUCUUCAAAUAAACGUUCCAAAUCAUUCGAAUUUGGCAAAGUAGAGAACGGGCUGGAACCCAGUGGCUCAGAUUUUGGCAGUGAUCUGCCUACGCCAUUCGAUACUAUGGUUACAGAACAGCCAUUAGCUCUACCUAAAGCAUCAUCUCCAACUACAAACCUAGCAUCUCCGCGAAACUCAAGUACGCCAAAUUUGAAGACGACGAGUACGACAAGCAAACAAUCACAGAAAGCAGAACAGAAGAAGAAUGCCGGGGGUUCAACAGGUAGUACGACUGCCUCAACUACAAAACCACAGCAAAGUGAUCCAGACAAGCUUAGUGAUGCUUUGUUAUCGGCCGGUGUUGAUAUAAGAGAGGAAGAGGCAUUGCUAAGUAGCACAGUUGCUAGAACAAAAGCAACCGGUAUUUCAGCAAAUAACCAGGUCCCAUCUCAUCCUCCAUUCCUACAUCCUAAGAACAUUUCAGAUUUCAUGAAAAGAAUUGCAUCAGAACAAAACUUUCAUCAAGAUUUCAAUAAAAACACUGAUAUACUCGGAUUAAUGUCUACUGCAUGUGAACUUUACAUGAGGGACGUGAUAACGAACUCUUUAAUCCUAUCCAUACAUAGACGGAAAGGUGUUAAACUAAACACGGGAAGGAGGAGUGAAGUGAGUCGUUCUUUGAGGGAUUUAGCAUUAAGACAAAAGACUCAAGAAGAAAGAAGAGUACAGAGAAGAAUAGCACUCGGUUUAGAAAAACAAACAACGGAUGCUAGGUUAGAUACUGAAGAGACUCAAUAUCGUGCAUCAAAUGCAACUGCCAAUUUGAUGAUUGCAGGGGGUAACAAAAAAAAAUAUAGUUGGUUGACCGCUGGAUCCAAGUCCAGCUCGACAGACCUAAAAAAUCAGGGAAAUGUUUCAUCUGCUGUUGCAGCAAGGGGUGAAAUGGGUAUCAAAUAUAGAGAAGCAAGAGAAGAACCUGGCAUCGUUAUGAGGGACCUUCUUUUAGCUUUAGAAAAUAGGCGAGUAGGAGUUAAUAAUGUUAUCACUAAAGGAUAUGCUAGAAUCAGAGACUAG